UGGAUGGGUGUACCGUCCGUGACACCAGGGAGAAAGAACAGCCGGCAAUGGGCAUGGCUGGGCUUUUGCCGUUCUAGGUCUGCCUUUCGCGUUGUUGCAGGGUUUGAAUGCUUUCGUUCGCUUACAACAGCAUACAGACUACGGAGGUUCCGUCUUGGUGGCCGACUUGUCGAAUGUGCGGUUCCACAAUCAAGGAGCAAAAGAUACGAACCGAGUCUGGAGUCUGGAGACGAUCGAUCUACAGUAGCACAGAUCACAUCGAUGGAAUGUGAGUCGGGCAAUGCGGUCCCAUACGGAGUACACCAUACAGCUUGUGCUGUAUGCUUGCUGUAUGCGUAUGCUGUCUGCUGUACUAUGAUGGAGCGCGUAACCAAACCGUGCAGAUGCCACCGGCCGACCGCCUACGCAGAUAGGUAUAUCGCAGAGAAUGGCCAGCCCGAGCUAAGGGAAAGUUAUCUCCAUUGGUGCAGGCCCAUGACCGUGCAGCUUACCUAG